AAAGUAAAAGUAAACGCUUUUGGCUCAAUGAAGCUAGCUUUUGCUGUUCUUGUGUAGGUAUUUGUUAAAACUAGUUCAAGCUAUGCAUGCUUUACCGACUUAGCAGAAAUUAUUUCCGCAUGUAUCUCAAAUGACUUAAAUACAGCGGUGAUACUAUUACAAAACAUCCAUAUUUACUUACCUAACAACAUAAUAUUGAAAAUUUGCUCAAAAUUUCAAUAAGGAGGAGAAAUGAUUCGAGGUGAACUAAUUGAAUGUUAUGAAAAUUGCCCAAUGAUAGAGAUACUUUUUGAAAUAUUGAUAAAAUCUAAUUCAAUUUAAUUUUCAAAAUGAUUAUACCUACGUUGAUGAUGGUAAUGCUACGAAACAUGAAUGUAAAUGUUUAGUCAUACAAACUUCAAUGUGUGAAUCAAUCAGCUUCAAUGGAAAUUAUUUUGAAAAUGCGUUCAUAUUCGACAUAAAUACCUACUAAGUAAUUAAAUGUUACGAAACUUCAUCAUAAAUUGGUUUUGUUGAAAAUUUUCAAAGAUGUAUUCAUUAGCGUCGUCCGUAAUAUUAUGUUUAACAUUGUACUGUUUUCAUAUUCACAUAUCGAAGGCACAGCCAGAAAGUAAUUUGUAUCAUAACAAAAAAUAUCAAGCUGUUCUUUUCAAUCUAACCAGAAAUAAUAGCGGUUCAGGAUGUCCAGCUACCACCCCACGACAGAAAAAAUUCAACGAAGAGGUUUCAAUCACUGGUAGAAGUAUAUUUUUGCAAAUUGUUUAUAGACGUGACGAAACGAAAAAAAAUAUCCUAUUAAAUAUUUGUGAAAAGCCUCCUCAACCUGCUAUGGUUUAUAAUUCCAAACAGGAUACUUAUGAGAUUGGUUACGAGUUUUACUAUGAAGAAGGCAAGAUUCAGUUGGAAGAUGACAAAUAUCAUUUUUAUAACUCAGUAGAAAUUAAACAAUCUAAAUCUCCAGUCGAAUUCGUUUUCAAUCGUCACGAUGGUAAUAACACAAAAUUUAUAUUCGUCGAUGGAUCCACCACAUUGGUUUUCCAUUGGAUACCAGAGUUAUCGAUCAACUCAUCGGGAUAUAACAAACUAAUCAAAUGGGAGAAAGAUAUUGAUAUCGUGAAAACCAAUGUUCAAUCCAAAUGUCAAGAUUACGAAUUAGACGAAUGGGAUAAGAUCAACAUAUUGCAGGUACCAGAAGCAAAACUCCACGACGAUGCAUGCUACAAAGAGUCGACAAACUACGAAGAACAAUCUCAAGGAAUUCUGAAAAAAACACAAAUAAUUCCAGUAUGGUAUUUCGAAACAGAUUCGGGUAGGCUUGCCUCUUGUACAUACAUGAAUGUUAUACUGGUUUGGAAAAGUAUCGCCGAUGGGCAAUUGAAAAAAGUUGACCUUUUCAUCGCUGCAGUGAUUAGUUGUCUGGAAUGUUACGGUCGAUAUGAUCAGAAAGUUACUUUCGGUGUAAACGGUGGGUAUGAACGACGAUUGAAUUCCAAAUUGAACGGUGAACAUCAGCAAUUCCUUAUUCCAAACUUAAUAUUUCGGGUGGUCCAAGGAGCGUGGUAUGAAGAUACGUAUGUCGCUGUGGUUGUAAUUCACAAUAAAGCGGAUUAUGUGGCAGACAGUGAGAGGCUCUGCAGCAACGAUACGAUGAUUUCAGGCUGGGAUACAAUUCAAAAUGAUGACCCAAGAACUGGAUUAACAUACGUGUGCCAGGUAACAGAUAGACUUGAAGAAAAGUUAGGUAUUCGUAGAUGUUUUCGAUACCAUCCAGUAGAGCCAAUAGAGCUGGAUGCAAUUCCUUUCUCUGAGAAUCCUCGAUGGGAUUACACCUAUCCCACACUAGAUUAUGAUGUUAGAAGUGAAGUAAAUGAAGAUUUUGAAAAGUUGUUAUGAAGUUCCGGAUCUGAAAAUCGUCACUACCCAACAUCAUCGACUCAAAUAUCAUCAUUAGCCAAACAACCCAAAUAUGUACCUACUACCUAUCACCAAAAAACCUUCUGAAGGGAGAUCUUUAAUGAAUAUUUGAAAACUGACGACAACUGGACUCUGCAGUAAUUUCAGAAAUUUUGAAAGCUGAAUUUUGAAAAAGAUUCAGACAACUUUUUCAAGUACCUACCUAACAAUUUACUGAAAAUUUGCUCAAAAUUUCAAUUAGAGGGAGAAAUGAUUUGAGGUGAACUAAUUCAAUGUUAUGAAAAUUGCCCAAUGAUAGUGAUACUUUUUUUUAUAUUGAUUAAAUCUAAUUCAAUUUAAUUUUCAAAAUGAUUACUUAUUUACGUUAAUGAUGGCAAUUCUACGAAGCAUGUUAUAUCUUAUUUCCUUCUCUAAUUGUUUUUGCGAUAAUCCGAGUUCAAGAGAUCAUAUUCUUGCAAAAUAAGUAUUCAUAAUACAUAUGUAUUAAAACUCUACUCAACAUUUCAACGAGAGGAUGUAGAUUAUUCGACAUAAAUGCCUACCUACUAAUUAAAUGUUACGAAACUUCAUCAUACAUAGGCCCGCAGAAAUAUAUUUUCAAAAUUUCAAUUAAAUUUUGUUCAUUUUAA